AUCAAAGCUUUUCGCCAUUGCUUUGUUACUCUGCAACGAUUGUUUAGGGUUUAUCGAGAAGGAGAAGGCGAUUGCUAAAAAAUUCGACUUUAAUGGCUGACGAAGAUUACAACGAAGUCGAUGACUUGGGGUACGAGGAUGAGCCAGUGGAGCCUGAGAUUGAAGAAGGAGUAGAGGAAGAUGCUGAUAUGAAGGAGAAUGAUGAUAUCAAUGGAGAGCCUAUUGAAGCAGAAGAUAAGGUUGAAACUGAAGCCGUACAACGUCCACGAAAAACGUCAAAGUUUAUGACCAAGUAUGAGCGUGCACGUAUACUCGGCACUCGGGCUUUGCAGAUUAGCAUGAAUGCUCCUGUUAUGGUCGAGCUAGAGGGAGAGACUGAUCCACUUGAGAUUGCAAUGAAGGAACUUAGGCAACGGAAGAUUCCAUUCACUAUCAGACGCUACCUACCUGAUGGGAGUUUCGAGGAAUGGGGAGUUGAUGAACUGAUUGUGGAAGACUCGUGGAAGCGUCAAGUCGGUGGUGAUUGAGAAUCUGACCAGAGAGAAAUCUGUAUGUUGCUAGCUUUUGCUUUCAUAUGUUUGUUAUAUCUCUGAUACUUAAGUAGAGCCACAAAUAACUGAAACUUAUGUGUACUGCCGACUAUGUUGUUGGGUUUAUAUAUUCCAAAAAUUGCAAAACCAGAA